CUGGAUAAAGUGAUCUGUCUGGAUAUCCUCCAGUCAUUAAAGUGUUCUAGUUAUAGCGGACUGUCUAAAUAAAUAAGCGGAACUGGAUUUUCUUACUCAUGAUUUCGACUAUUUCAAAACUUCUCUAAAUCACGUAUGCAGUAUUUUUUUCAAUGCAUUUGUUUCCCCAUCCUCCUUCUUUACGCGCGAUAUUCUGUCGGUUUUCUUUAGUAUUUUCCAAUGAGUGAAGCAGACUGCUGCCCAGUUGACUUGGACUGUAACAGUGCAGGCAGCGAGUGAACCUUGCAGUCUCAAGUGCGUCAAAACAGACGGGAAUGUAGAGGAAUGCAGAGAUUGACGUCAAGAGGGGCAAUAAUGAACAACUCAAAAACACAGGCUAGCCUGCUAGUGUUCAUAAAAUCAGAGCACUAUAACGUCUGUGGGAUUUUUCUUGAAAAUGUUUUUGCUUGUGUUCUUUUUUAAAAACGACUAAGAAUCAUUACCAUAGUUGUGAUAUUGUGGCUACAUACUUUGCCUUACCAUUUUUGGCUGUACUUUCCCCAUAAAUUACGGUGCCUUGUCCGUCUCCCCCCCACACACACAUUUUUGGAUACGUUAAAACCAACAUGGCAUCUCCCCAACAUCAGCAACUGCUGCCUCACAACACAGAAGUGAGCUGUGACUCAAGUGGAGAUGGAGGCAUCUCAGUGAGAAUUGGCAGCAGUGUCAAACACAAACAUGGAGGUGGACCACUGAGUUCAAUUGGAGGAGGAUUCAUGGGGGGAGCCAAACACUGCAAGUACAGUAUUUCUUCUAGCUGUAGCUCUGGAGAAUCUGGAGUGAGGAGGCCUAUGGUUAAGAGUUUUCGUGCUCAGAGGAAAAUGCCUCAGCUUUUUGAAAGAUCAGCAGGUCAUUUUUGGGAUCCAAAGUUUGACUCUUCUAUUCUGGAGGAAGCCUGCAGAGAACGAUGUUUCCCUCAGACACAGCGGCGCUUCCGCUAUGUCCUCUUUUACCUGGUAGCUUCCUGUUUCCUAUGGGGAUUAUACUUUGCUGCCAACCCAUCCCGCUGUGACAGGUCUACUUUUCUCCUCCCCACUGCUUCCUUCUUAAUUUUCUGCCUCCUUCUCUUCCUUUUAACUUUUACCAAGCUGUAUUCACGCUGCUACAACCAAGCAUCUCUGCUGCUUAUCCUUGUAACCUUCAUCCUGACCCUGGCCCCCCAGAUGCAAACAUCACGCUUCAUGGACCCAGACAUUCCCACACCUGCACUUGAUGAAGAAGAAUUCAGUGGCAUAGGGCCCACAUACAACCAGUCCACUGAAAAAAUUGUAGGAAGUGACACCAGACUCCCCUGUCUCUCUCCUGUAGGCACCUUCUCCCUCUGUAUUGAAGUUCUGCUGUUACUUUAUAGCGUUCUACAUGUUCGUCUCUUUGCUUCUGUCCUGCUUGGGUUUCUCUACUCUGUCUUUUUUGAGAGUUUGGGCUGGCUGCACCUCACCCAGUCAGGGGAGACCUGGAUCUUAGCCUCUCUGUCAGAUUGGGACACAUUAAGCUGGUUGGGCCCAGCCAAAGCCUUGCUCCAUCUCUGUGCUCAUGCCACUGGCAUCCACCUGUUCAUCAUGUCCGAGGUACGGUCACGCAGCACCUUUCUUAAGGUUGGUCAAGCUAUCAUGCACGGCAAGGAUCUGGAGGUGGAGAAAGCCUUAAAGGAGAGGAUGAUUCACUCUGUUAUGCCAAGACUUGUGGCGGAUGAGCUGAUGAAGCAGGGUGAUGAGGAGAUAGGUGACCAUUCUGUUAAACGUUAUUCCACCAGUGGAGCAGCUGCUGCCAUUUCUAGCCCAAAAAACAACAAACGCAAGAAAACUUCUAUUCCCAGAGGCCAGAUUAUUUUCAGACCCUUCAACAUGAAACGGAUGGAGCCUGUCAGCAUCCUCUUUGCAGAUAUAGUGGGUUUUACCAAAAUGUCUGCCAACAAAUCUGCUCAUGCUCUCGUUGGGCUACUAAAUGACUUAUUUGGACGCUUUGACAGACUUUGUGAGCUCACUGGUUGUGAAAAGAUCAGCACUCUAGGAGAUUGUUACUACUGUGUGGCUGGUUGUCCAGAACCCAGACCAGAUCAUGCAUAUUGCUGCAUAGAGAUGGGCCUGGGCAUGAUUCAGGCAAUAGAGCAAUUCUGCCAGGAGAAGAAGGAGAUGGUGAACAUGAGAGUGGGUGUCCACACUGGCACUGUUCUGUGUGGUAUCCUGGGCAUGAAACGCUUCAAGUUUGAUGUCUGGUCCAACGAUGUUAAUCUGGCCAAUCUGAUGGAGCAGCUGGGUGUAGCUGGAAAGGUCCACCUAUCCCAGGCCACAGCCAACUUCCUGGAUGACAGAUACCAGCGUGAAGAUGGGCAGGUUAAUGAGAGGAUAGGCCCGAGUGUGGUAGCUGAUCAGCUCAAAGGUCUGAGGACAUACCUGAUCUCUGGCAGAAAGGUUGAGCUUCAUUCUCACUGCAGCUGCUCCCAGAUGGGGUUGUCUGGGCUUGAACUUGCAGAUCCUCGAUGUCCCAUGCCCAAAAUGAGCACGCCUGAGGGAGCCCCUUCAGCCUGUGCCUUUCCCCCAGAUGGGACCAAGUUCCCCUGUCUGUCCUGCAGUGUGAACCUGAUAGCAGGGGAGGAUCAGGCUCUGGAGGAAGAAAUGGUGCAUAAUGGCUGCCACGAUGAACACAAAACCAACAGCAGCAAGGACUCUUCAAAUCUGAAGUGCUCCCCAGCGGUAUCUGCUGGGCGCAGCCCCAAGGCUGUGAAUGGCCUGCUCAGUCCUAAACUAGAAGCUUUGAAUAACAGCCAGACAUCACUGUGUGAGAUGCUGCAGGAAAAGGAGAAGAAGACGUGGAGUGGAGGAGCCAUGGGCAUGGACCAUUCAGCUCUCAUCCCACUGCGAUCCAAGAACUUCAGGGAGAGGAGUGAUGCUCACUUUGUGGAUGUUAUUAAAGAGGACAGUCUUAUGAAGGACUAUUUCUACAAACCUCCAUUACACAAGCUGAGCCUCACCUUCCUGGAAAGGAGCCUGGAGUCUGCUUACCGGAUAAGCUACCAGGAAGAGGUGGAGAACCAAGCAGCAGUGCAGACAUUUGCCAGCCCAACAUUCAGUUGCUUCUUGGACAUGCUGCUGUGCUGUUUAGUAUUUCUGGCUCUGUCACUGGCGUGUUACCUUCGGCCACUUGUUACCCAGCAAAAUCUGUCCACACCAGCACUAACUCUGACAGCUGUAGCUGCACUGCUGGAGGCUCUGGCUCUUUUUUUUGCUAUUCGUAUGGCUUUCUAUCUGGACAGUGUGCUAAACUGCACUCAGGUCCUGAUGAGAGCUGUCUCAGGCUGGGUAGCCCGUCACUUGAUAGGAGCUGUUCUGGUGUCUUUGCCUGCUGUAGCAGUCUUCUCCCAUGUUACCUGUGACAUGCAUUUCUCCAUUCAGUUCACCAUGUUCAUCUGCUGUGCUAUAAUCAUAGCUAUCAUUCAGUAUUGUAAUUUCUGCCAGCUCUGCUACUGGAUGCGCUCAACAAUAGCUACGCUGGUGGGGCUGACGAUUCUUGCCCUGCUUUUUAGCUCCCCCUGCAGAGUUGCUAAGAAUCUCUUUUUCUGGUCUGAUGGUCAGAACAAUAGUAGCAACAGCUCCUUCAUUUUGUCUGAGAACCCAAUAGAUCCUGAACCUCAACCCCAUCCACAGGAACUUCUUGGUCCUGAGGUCUGCAUGGCAUUUUUCCUGCUCCUUCUCCUUGUCUGGUUCCUUAAUCGUGAAUUUGAGGUCAGUUACCGUUUGCAUUACCAUGGAAAUGUUGAAGCUGAUCAACACCGCAUCAAGAUUCAGAACAUGAGGGACCAGGCUGACUGGCUACUCCGCAAUAUAAUUCCAAUCCAUGUGGCGGAGCAACUUAAGGUCACCCAGAGUUACUCAAAGAACCAUGACAAUGUAGGUGUCAUAUUUGCCAGUAUUGUUAACUUCAGUGAGUUUUAUGAAGAAAGUUAUGAGGGAGGCAAGGAGUGCUAUCGUGUCCUCAAUGAGCUAAUUGGCGAUUUUGAUGAGCUCCUGCGGAAGCCUGCCUUCACAAAUAUUGAAAAAAUCAAAACCAUUGGUGCCACUUACAUGGCAGCAGCUGGACUCAAUGCUCAGCAGUGUGCAGAUGCAGCCCAUCCUCAUGCACACCUUCGUGCUCUUUUUGAGUUUGCUCUAGAAAUGAUGCGAGUGGUGGAUGACUUCAACAAGAACAUGCUGGGCUUUGGUUUCAAGCUUCGAAUUGGAUUUAAUCAUGGGCCUCUAACAGCCGGGGUGAUUGGGACAACUAAACUUCUCUAUGAUAUCUGGGGAGACACUGUCAAUAUUGCCAGUCGUAUGGAUACAACAGGUGUUGAGUGUCGUGUCCAGGUUAGUGAAGAAAGCUAUUGUGUGCUCAGUGGAAUGGAUUAUGAGUUUGAUUAUAGGGGCACAGUUAAUGUCAAAGGAAAAGGUCAAAUGAAGACCUUCCUUUACCCUAAAAGCAGUGACAGCGGCCCUGUGCCUCAGUACCAGCUCUCAGUCUCACCAGAGAUCCGAGCACAGGUGGAUGGUAGCAUUGGGCGCUCUCCCACUGAUGAAAUCGCCAGUAUGGUGCCCACAAGCAGCACGACUGCAAGCUGUCCCAAUACUACGGUACCCAGGUCCAGCCCUGAAUCCUCAAAUGCAACAGGGCUUAGCCACAUGAAAGAGGCAGAAACCCGCAAAAGACGUCCCUCCACAGAGACUUCUUAUGCCAAGCGAUCUACGUCUCACAGCAGCUUGACAUCUACACCUGUAACCAAUCUUGAAGGACCAUCUCAAAAUGACAAGUUCAUCAUCUCAUCCUUGGCCCAGCAGCAUUCAACCCAAAAUUCAGCCAAGUCGCUUAAAGACACGAGGAUGGACAAAUAUGAGAAUGACUGUGACAAUAAAGCUGGAGAGUUAACAAGGCUUUAAGGAUUUGUUACAAUGGCACUUUUAUCAUCAGCCCUCAACCCUUUAAGCUCUCGUUCCUGCUAGAUGACACAUGUAAGUGCUAUAUAUUUGGUCCUACUUGAGGUAGAUACUAAGGGAGGUUGAUAGACAUCGGCCUUUUUGCAUCAGCCAGGAAGCAGAAUGUUUGUAGUGUAAAUAUGAUGGCUGGUAAUAUCAAGGGUGCUUGGUGGACAACAAAGAGGGUGUCAGGCAGGAACACACAGGAAAUGCUGGUUUUCCUCUUGCCUCCCAUUGUCUGGCAUUAAAUUACUUGAUUAUCUUUGCACCUUUAAUCUUGAUUAUUUCUUUCAUAUGUCAUUUAAGUGCCUUUAGAAUAGACUAAGAUGUAAAACAAAUCUUUUUAAGUGAUAAAUUAAAGGGAAAAACAAUGUGAAAACUUUUUUUUUGAAAAAAGAAACAAACAAAAAAACAAAAAGCUUUGCUUUUGUUACAGGUUUACUUUUUGAACUAUGUUUUGCUAUGAUAAAUUUGCCUUUUUAUCCAAGAAGAAAGUGACAAUGUAAGAGGACUCACAAUAUGAGUCAAAUGAAAAAAAAAAGUUAUUUGAAGAUGGUAAAAUUUGCACGUUAAUGCUCCAGAGCCUGCAUACUUGUUAAAACUAGACACAGCCAGGAUUAAUCAAUCUAGGCUACAGUGUGCGAGUAUAUUUGCAUGCUUGUUGUGCAGUGUCUGUUUGUGUAGUAAAGCCAAGCAGGGUUUAAUGAGGAGAGGUGCCUAUGAGUUACUCAAAUGACUUUGUUAAACUGCAGGACUACAAAUAGUCAGGAACCAUCUUUGACAGAAAAAUAACUUUAUAGCUGAUUUGGCAGCUUUUUCUCUUGCCACAGUUGAGAGCUUUGUAUUUCCUCAAUAACGAGAUGAUUGCCUCAGCUACAUUAAAUGAGCAUGCUUGCAGCAUCGUAGGCUACUAGUUUGUGCCCUUCUCCCGAGAUCCAGACUGUUGUGAGAAAUUAUUUAACAUUGAUGAGUGUUUCAGUGGAUCCUGUAAGGUAUUGUCGUACCUAAAGAAUGUCUUAAGCCAUGACUACAGAUGGACAAAAGAAAACUGCCUAAGGAUCGCAAUGCAUUACACUGUGUUAGUUGAUAGUGCUUUGAAGACGUGGAUAAUCAAAGUGGAAUGUCAUAAAAUGUGUUUAAUUGUGUUACGUGUUAUGUAAAACUUGAGCUGUUUAUCAGAGGCACUCCUCUCUGACAUUUAGGAUUUGAAAGACAAUAGACGGAAGCAGCUUAAUGCUUUUGCUGAUUCAAAUUUUCAAUGGCAUGAAACUUAAUGUAAUAGCACUGUAAAUUCAAAUGCAAUUUACCAAAUGUAUUUCAUACCCAUAGGUGUUUUUUUCCUUUUCUAGAUUUUUUAAUCCAUAUUAUAAAGUUGGAAUAUUAUACAGUUAUCUUGCCCUACAUUUCCUCUCUGUCACUGUUUCUCAGCAAAAAGGAUUGUGUGCUCAAAGGCAAAAAGGUUUACUAUGAAAUCCACCUGCUUGUCUUAUUUUUGUAUGCUCAUCUUGAACACCACCUCAUAUUUUAAACUGCCAUUUGUUAACCAACUGUUUAGCCAUGAAGCAAACAAAUAUUGUAAAAAAAAAAAAAAAAUAAAGCAUCACUUUGCCUUCUCAUCUUUUAACCAUUUCUGUUACCUGUUGGAUUUAACAUUACCCCUCAUAUUGUUUUUUUUUUUAUCUUCUGGAGUUACAUUAGCAUGUGCCUUUUUUUUCAUUUCAAGUCAGUUAAAUUCUAAAGUUUCAUAACUCCCAAAAGCUGACAACUAUGAGUAUAAUUUUGCUUGAAUUAGACUGAAUUCUAAAGUUUUCGGACACAGUAGAAUUUGUGCAGUGCCUUUUCUUGAUAUGGACAAUUAAAUGUAAAACUAAAUAAUAUAUAUUAAAAAAAUGACAUUAUUAUGAUUUAAUAAGGUUUUUCUUUCCUUUUUGGUUCCCCUAGUUUUGUAUUGCAUGCCAUAUCUAGCUGGGUUAAUUUAAAUGUUCUAACAUUAGAUUAAAAGGUAAAAUCACCUUAUUUUGCUCAUGAGCACACAAACUUUGUAGCGGUCCAAAAAAUGUUUAUUGAUGUACAAUAAAGGGAUAAUAAUCAUUGUUCUUAUCUAAAGUGCUAGUAGAGGUGAUGAUUCUUGAGUGUCAGGUAAAACAUAUACUCUACAUGUCUUUAUUUUCCUUGGUAAUUUUGAUAAGCUUUUUAGAAAAACAUGCUUUUUGUGGACUCGUAACAUUUUUGGGACAAAAGGGAACAAUAAGAUAGCUCUGUGUAGCGACAGAUUAGAUUUUUGCCUGCUUUGUUUCAUUAUAAACAUGAGCUUACAGUAUGUGUUAAUUUAGCUGGGUGUUUUGAGAUGCAAGUGGCAUUCUGAACCAGCAGAAUAAUGCACUGGGAAAAUGUUGAUGCCAAAGAGUGUCAUUGCCAUCUCUUGAAUUUUCUUUGAAGGUUGCAUCAUCUUAAUUAGCCUGUGGUGUUUUUCCAGAAUCAGAGGUUGAUUUCAUAUUUGCUAUUUAAAUGCAAUUGCACAAGGCACUAUUUUUUUUUUUUUUUUUGACAUUCAGCCUUUCUAUUGUAUAGUAUCUAGCCAUUUUCUAUUGUUUAUAUACACGCAUGUAUUACAUAGUCUAAAGAACUUGAUAAUUUGAAAAAUGUUGAAAUCAUAGUUGAUUACUUUUGAUUUCAUGUAUGGAAAUCUGUAUGAGUGUUUGUAAAGAUGUGCAUUUUUGUGUGUUUUGGAAGUAAUGUUCUUAGCAGAAAUGCGAUUUGGAAAUUUAUCCAACUUCUGUUUCAUAGCAGAAACUCUGACAUGCUAAAACAUUAACCAAUACAUAUUUCAGAUAUUUUCAAUUUGAACUAACCAAAUGAGUAAGAAUAGGGAGACGCUACACAAUAUUAAUUAAGUAGUAUUGGAGUAGCUUGUUCUUGCUCCCAUUCAGUCUUAAUGAAUUGUUUUUGUUUUUCCUUUUUUCUUCUUCUCUGGGUAUGUUUUUGUACAUAGCACGCUAAUACGUGAAGUGAAAUUUAACACUGAAUAAAGUCAAUUGCUGGGAA